AUGUCCAAGACGCAGAAAGAUAUGUUUACACGAGAAGAGGCCGUGGAAUUUCUUCAGAAUUCAUGGAAGAUUAAAAACGUGCUCAAAAGAAUGAAAAAUGAUCGAAAAAACCUUGCCGAUGAAAUAGUCACUCAGAUCCUAGCGAAAGUUCCUUUUCAGAGUCUCUCAUUGGUAGCAGCUAGGCCAGAAGAUCGCAAUCGACCUUCUUUUGAAGAUAUUAAAGCAAGCUGUACAGCAGGUGCAAACAUUUGUAAUUCCUCAUGCGGGAUUUUACAGUCUUACUUUAAUUAUUUCUGUCUUUAACAGGCAAUCACAUUUGAUAGUGACUUGGAUUGAUCUACUUAUUGUAUUGACGUGACAUAUGACUGUUGACAUUGCUUUUUACUUUAUGCUUUCGAAAUGACAGUGGAUUUUUAUUACCCAACCCUUGAGUAGUUUUGUUUUUCAUUUACCCAACCUUUUACUCACUCAAAAUUUUGUUUACCCAACCCUGCCUGCAUAAAUUGAAUAACCGCUCCUUAACUCGUUAUCAACCCACUUGUUCUUGCGUAUAUAUUAAAACUGUUGUUUUUUUUAGGAAUUGGUGGGCUGUGUUACGAGAUGAACACAUUCACAUGGGGUUUGUUAAAAGGUGUGGGGUUCGAUGCAUGCCUGGCUCGCUCCACAGUAACUUCAACAGUUACAUCCCCGGAGAAUCACGCAAUCGUACUGUUAAGAGGCCUUGAGCAAGAUGGCGACCUGUACUUGGCAGAUUGUGGCACAGGCUUCCCCAUAUUUCGCACGGUUUCGUUAGAUUUCACCGAAGAGUCCCCGAUUUUCAAAGAUGGCUUUUUGGAGUACAAAUAUGUCCGGCACGAGGGGAAAAUACUAAGAAUGCACGGCAAAGGGGAUAUGGUGAAGCCAAAUAACCCACCAGUAGAAGGCCUUGAUUUCUUCAUUGGUCGCUGGAGGCGUUUUUAUUCAUUCGUUCCAGAAAUAAAGCCCUCAGAUAUCCUCAGCAAUGAGCACUUCAAAGCAAGCAUCUAUCUUACGCCCUUCACGUCAUCGCCCCGCGCGCUUUGGUUCCCAGGGAAACGUGCUGUUGUCAUCGCGAACAACAAGCUGAUGAUCGAGAAAGAAACUGGAGAAAUGGUGACGACCGUCUUGAAAUCUGAUGAAGAAAUUCUGAAAGCUUAUCAAGAUCAUUUUCCACAACUGAAACAGGAUACAGUACGGCGUGCUUUGGCAGAAUGGCAUCGUGUGUCCAAGUCUUAA